CUUGUGACACCUGUCAUCACCUGUGUGCUCGCCUCCCUCGCUUGUUUCGUUCAUUCGUGAGUUCGUCGUACCUGUGAUACGUGUGACAUAAAUCGAAGUUUAGUGUCUGUGUAUGAACCCGGUUGUAUUUAAAAUACAUACUUUACACUAUUUGCGAAAGUAUAUAAAAGUUAAUACUACAGUAUAAUAAUCAGACCAAUCAAAUGCCUCUGUUCAGUGGAAAAUGUUUGAGCACAGCCAAGCUGAUUGGCAAGACCGCAUUAGUUACUGGAUGCAAUACUGGUAUAGGGAAGGAAACAGUCAUGGACUUUUAUAAAAGAGGCGCCAAGGUGAUAAUGGCAUGUCGUAGUUUAGACAAAGCUGAAGCAGCAAAGUCUGAUAUAGAGAAGAAAUGCAAGGAUUUGCCAGACACUGGCAACAUUGUAGUUGAGAAAUGUGACCUUUCAUCUUUAAACUCAGUUCGAGAAUUUGCAAAAAAGGUUCUAGAUACAGAACCACAGAUAAAUAUUCUGGUGAAUAAUGCUGGAGUGAUGAUGUGCCCUAAGGGGGAGACUGAGGAUGGUUUUGAGACACAGUUCGGGACCAACCACCUCGCACACUUUCUUCUGACACUGUUACUAUUACCGCGCAUCAGGAAUAGUACUCCGGCACGGAUAGUGACUGUCUCUUCAGCAGCACACACAAGAUACGGGAUUAAUUUCGACGACCUCAACUACAAGAAGAGGUCAUACAGUGCUGCGGAAGCAUACUCUCAAAGUAAAAUUGCCAAUGUGUUGUUCUCACAAGAGCUGGCAGCUAGACUUAAAGAGCACGGGAUCGAAGGCAUCAACACAUACAGCCUGCACCCCGGCGUAAUAAAGACAGAGCUUGGACGUCAUCUUGACGACACCUUGUUCUGGGGAGCGCGUAAAACUUUCGGCAUCUUCAUCGGACCUUUCAUGAAGACUCCCGAGAGCGGCGCGCAGACCACCAUAUACUGUGCUGUUGAUGAAAAAUGUGCGGCUGAGACUGGGUUGUACUACAGCGACUGCGUAGUGAAGAGGCCAUCCUCGAAUGGAUCGAACAAAGAAUACGCGAAGAAGCUUUGGGAGAUGUCCGCGGAAAUGGUGAAGCUUGGAGAUUACAACCCGUUCACAGCUAACGACCCCGGAGUGAAGACAUUGGGACAGUAACAAUACUAAUAUAUUAGUACCAAGUAUGGUGUACAUUGUAUGGAGUGUACCUACUUCUUUAAGUGGUGACCAACAACUUGAUUUAUUCUCUCGUAUAUUGUUAUAAGGCCUAGAGGAGACAGUCACAAUGAAAAGGUGUCGUCAUGAAAUGAGGUCCUUUAUGAACUGCAACGCAACAACGGCCAAAAUUUUUGUAUUUUAAUACACUAGAGAAAAACAUUUAUGAAUAAUAAGUUGCUGGUCACUUUACGUUAAUAUUAAUACAAUACUCAUAAAAGUUUACAAUACUGCCAUUUUAUAAAGAUUAUAAUAAGUAAAAAA